AUGUCCCAGCCAGAGUCAGACUUCAAAGCUCAAUUCGGCAGCUGGGCGUCCCGGACGGCCUCGCAGUCCGGCGCCUCAUCGGCACCAGCCUUCUCGGACUGGUCUGAUUACGUGCGGUCCGGGGCCAACAAUCUAUACGACUCGUUGCCGUCGUAUAACACCAGCGGCGCAGCUGCACAGGAGCCCUCGUGGUUCCAGCUCAGCCGGUUCGAGCGAGUGGUCGCCUUCGGCUGUUGUCUUGGCGCAUCGCUCCUUUGCUUCACGCUAGGCUUCUUCGUGUUCCCGGUGCUUGCGUUGCGGCCCACCAAAUUCGCGGUGCUUUGGCUGAUGGGGCUGCUUCUCUUCGUGGUGUCGUUCGGCGUGUUGCAGGGCCCCAACGCGUACAUCCGGCACAUCACCAGCUCCGGGCGGAUAUUGUUUUCCGCUGUGUUCUUCGGCCUGAUUCUCACCACAAUGUACUGUGCGGUGGUGCUCAAGUCCACGGUAUUGACCAUCGUAGCUAGCGUGGUGGAGGUGUUUGCCAUCUUGUACUACGCAUUCAGCUACUUCCCCUUUGGCACGGCCACCAUCACGUGGUUCUCCAGCUAUGUGGUGGGGUACGUCGGCGGGCUCUUUGCCGGCCUUCUUUAGCGCUGGAGCUGUCCUCAGUCCACGCCGUUAGUUCACUUUUGAGCCGCCAUCCACGUUUUCGAGCGUGGAUGGUUGCGUAUGCACUUUGCAUCGCCGCAUGUACAUCUUCUCGAACAGAUAGGCUUGUCCUCCGGAUCAUCAGAGAUGCUUGGUAUCAAACCAUUGUGUCCUCCGGCAUGUUUUUCAUUAGGUCUUCCAUCAGGUCCUCCAUCAUUU